AUGUGGUAGUCGUGUCAUAAAUUUUUAGCUAAUUUUGUUUUCGGUUCGGAAGUUGUCAUAUUCGUUGGUCUUUUACGUUGUUUAGUAGCUUAUUGUAUACGGAGCGAGUAAAGCAAGUGUGCGCGAAUAUGAAGAUCUCUCAUUAAAGUUCUUAAAUAUAAUUUGUUUCAAUAACAUCGCAUUUAAAACAAAUUUUAAAUAUACAACACUCAGUUAAAGUUCUUUAUUAUAAUUGUUUUCAACAACAACGCAUUUAAAAUAAAUAUAAAUAAUAAUUAUAAUUAAGUGUUCUCUUAAAAAAGUAAAAAAAUAACAAAUGCGUUUAAGAUAAUAAAUAAAAAGUAUUUACAAAAUUAAUCACAUGUAAAUAAUACCAAUAAUAUUAAUUGUCGAUAUAUCUAAUGUACAGACAAGCAUACAUCUGUAUGUUCAUAAAUAUGUUUCUAGUAUAUUUUACUUUGCUACUGAAUAUAAAUAAUAAGUUUGUGUGAAAUGUAUUUUAAAUAAGUGAUGCAAAAAAUAAAGCCGGCCGGUCGCAUAAUAGGAAUGUUUAAGUAUUAAAAAAAUUUUGUAUAUUUAAAAAUGAGUUUUACAAAAUUGUUAUCAAUUUCUUUUACAUAAAAUUAUAAACUCAGACACGACUAUGUCAAAUAUUAGUUUCUAGUGGUAGGUCUAAUGUACAUUCUUACGAUUGAUACAAUAAUCUACUGAUAUUGAUACAAGUUAAUAAAAUAUACAUAUGUAUAUGUAUGAAAAACAACAACAAAUAUAAAAACAUAAACAUACGGUAUAUAUAUUUAUUUACAUUGUCGUGUGUGAAAUUGAUGAAUGAGUGAAGAAAAAAAAAAGAAAUAAAAAACAAAUAAAAAUAAUAAUUUAUUACAAUCAGGGUCAGUGUUAAAUGGCAACAUCCACUAAAUAUGACGAUGUACAUGUCUCCAGGAGAUUUUAUUAAAAUAAUUCUACCUAAAAUAAAAACACAAUUUCCGUAAAAAAUAAAUGCGCAGAAAAUAGUUUAAACAUUUUUAUCGCUUUACAACAUAAAUUUGUUUAUAAAACUAAAAAUAUAGUUUAAAAUGCGACGAAAACAUCCGGAUUUAAACUUCCGAUUGACAUCGCUCAAUGUAAAAUCGUUGUUUGUGGUUUUGAUGUUUCUAUCCGUUCUAUUGCAAAUGUCGAUUGCAGUGGUCUACAACAACAACAACAGUAAUGGGGAGAUAUUAAAAGCGAACUUGUACAACUACCAAUGUUUUACUGAUAAAGACAAUACCUCUCCGAAUUUAAGUUUUCGCCAAAGCACAAUCGGUAUACAAGUUUCAUAUUGGCCAUCGCAUCAAAUAAUCACACGAAUAUUUGCAAUAUUUCUCAGAGAUGUUCUUCACUACAAAAAUGUUUACAUAUUGCCAAUUGAGUUUAAUGGAAAUCCUGAAGAAGACUACUAUGAAGGCAAAAGACUUAGCAACACUCUUGACUUAUUAAUAAAACAUCCUCAAUAUCCAAAUUUACCAAUGAUAAAUUUAGGCGUAUGGACACCACCGAUGGGUCAUGGUUUAAGACCGAUGGAAGUCUAUGAGUCAGGUGUUUCGUUAGAUCCUGGACGCUUUGGUUGGUUUGUUGGACCAGAAGUAAAUUUUACCAUGGAAGGUCUGCACUACUCAGUCUUUUUGAACAGGUCAAAUCCAUUCUAUGAGCAAUAUGUAAUGGAUGAAGAUGAACUACAAGAGCUUACGCAGGGAAAUGAAUAUGAAUACUUUGUAAGUCCCAUGUGCGAAAAUAACCAAUGUGCAACACUUUUGGCAGAGUAUAAAAUGGAAACUUCAUUUGUACAAAAUCAAAUUAAAGAAAUGAACGGUUAUUUAAAUAUACUAUGGUUAGGAUCGCGUUUUCGCUCUGAAAUCGAUCGUUUAUAUUUAAAAUACACUGAUUACAAUGCACGUGGUAAUAGCAAGAGAUUUUUAGUUUUGCACUGGAACCCUUCGGAUGUGAUCGAUGGUAGACAUAAAUUUGAACAUAUUGAAUUACCGCUUUGUGAAGAGUCGUUAUCUUUGUGGAAAUCAUAUUGCAAAUACGAAUUAACACCAAUUUUUAAGUACCACUCUAAACAUCUAUUGGCAGAUGAACGCCUAAUGCAUUCAUUACGUUUGUUUUGGAUAAAUAACGAUGAUCUAAUGCAACUUUUCAGUGAUCUCGAUCAAAAACGUUCAGAGAAGGGUUUCGUGGCGGAUGUAAUGUACAAUGAGUUGGCAUGUGAUUGGCUUCGAAAUCAUACCGAAACUUAUAAUUUGUGGAUAUCCAACGAACCCAUGACACUCUCGAUUGGCGCUAUAUUUCCUAUAAAGAAAAAUACCAGAGGUCAUCAGAAUCUAGUAUAUGCAGUGAAGAGAGCUGUACAAGCUGUUAACAGUAAUAGUACAAUUUUAAGAAAUUACAAUCUGAAUGUCAUUGAAAAUGAUGGCGAGUGUAAAGCGGACGUUGUAAUGAAGUCGUUUAUUCAUCUCUUUAAUGUACCAAAACUUUUGGGUGUAGUUGGUCCUGCCUGUAGUGAAACUGUUGAACCGAUCGCUGGUAUAUCCAGACAUACCAAUAUGGCUGUCAUUUCAUACUCGGCCGAAGGUGCUACAUUUUUGGAUCGCCACGCGUAUCCAUUCUUUUUUCGCACUAUUGGUUCUAAUCGUCAAUAUGAAGAUGUCUACAUAAGUCUAAUGAAAAAAAUCGGCUGGAAGAGAGUGGCGGCUCUAACAGAAGAUGGUCAAAAGUACACCGAAUAUAUUUCUCAUAUGGAAACUACACUAAAAAAUAACAAUAUGGAACUGAUAAUAAAUAAGAAAUUUUUAAGUGAUAUAACGCAUGUAGAAAUGAAUAAGUAUUUGGUCGAUUUAAAAAAUCGGCGUGCAAGAAUCAUAAUAGCGGAUAUUCAUAAUAAGUAUGCGCAGAUGGCCUUAUGUGAAGCAUAUAAACUUAAGAUGACGAGUUAUAACGGCUACGUAUGGUUCUUACCAUCAUGGCUGUCAAAGGAUUGGAAUAUUGUAAGUGAAGAGAGCAACCACAGCUGCACGAAUCAAGAAUUAAAAAUGGCUUUCGAAGGACAUUUUAGCAUCAUGCAUGCACCAUUUGGAGGUAAUGCAACUAUAAUGCAAGAACAUAUUACCAUAGAAAAGUGGUUAGAGUCAUAUAGCGCUAAUGUCAGCAGUGUUUCAAAGUAUACGGCUUUUGCUUAUGAUGCCGUUUGGGCUUUUGCACUUGCAGCCGAUAAACUACUGCACGAAAACAGAGGCGCUGUUGAAAACCUGCGAUCCAAAACCGUAGUUAAUCGCUUUGCUGAUCUUAUUUGGGAAACAGACUUUGUUGGGCUUUCCGGAAGAGUUCGAUUUGGUCAAGGAGGUUCUCGCAUUACUGAACUAAUAAUAAGACAGUGGCGAAAUCGUCAGUCCGUUGAAGUCGGUAAAUAUAUACCUCAGCUUGUUGGCAAAGGCCGGUACUUACGAACCAGUGGUGGGAAUUUUGUAUUAAACGAAAGUGCAAUAGUGUGGUAUUUUGAGGGCAAACCACCAGGCGAUGGUAGAUUCGAUUGUAGGUUUUCAGCGUUAGCAGAAUUUCUAAAUACUGAAUGUCAGAAUGCCACAAUAGCAUUCACCGCGCUGCUUUGUAUGAUUGUCGUUGUGCUCAUAUCGCUUAUAUCCUUCUAUUUCUGGAAACGACGAUACGACGAAAAACUGAAACGUUCUGCUAAGAUUAUGAAGAAUUUCGGUAUCGAUCUUUUGUCCCCCUCCCGUAGUAAUGCAAAUACAUUAGAUAAGUGGGAAAUACCUAAAGAAAAUGUUGUUGUUAAUCGACGUUUAGGUGAAGGUGCUUUUGGUACCGUAUAUGGUGGUGAAGCUAAAAUUGGAGUUGAAGGUUGGACUGCUGUAGCUGUGAAAACUCUCAAAAGUGGGGCAUCAACUGAAGAUCGCUUGGAUUUUUUGUCGGAGGCAGAAGCUAUGAAACGAUUUGAUCAUAAAAAUAUAGUCAAACUUUUGGGUGUAUGCCUGCAAUCAGAGCCAAUUUACACAAUUAUGGAAUUCAUGUUGUACGGAGAUCUAAAAACAUAUUUACUUGCCCGUCGCCAUAUGGUCAACGAAAAAAAUUCCGAUGAUUCUGAUAUUUCAUCUAAACGCCUUACAAUGUAUGCAAUGGAUGUGUCUCGUGGUUUAGCAUAUUUAGCACAACAAAAAUAUGUCCAUCGAGACAUAGCUUGUCGUAAUUGCUUGGUCAAUGCCCAACGAGUUGUAAAGCUGGGAGAUUUUGGAAUGUCUAGGCCCACAUACGAAAGUGAUUACUAUCGUUUUAAUCGUAAAGGUAUGUUACCUGUCCGAUGGAUGGCUCCAGAAUCACUGGCCUUGGGAAUGUUCACUCCUGCAUCGGAUGUUUGGGCUUUCGGUGUUGUUCUCUUUGAGAUCAUAACAUUUGGAUCAUCCCUCUAUCAGGGUCUGACAAAUAAUCAGGUAUUAGAGUAUGUUAAAAGUGGAAAUACUCUAAGUAUACCCAUCGGAAUAAAGCCCCAAUUAGAAGGAUUAAUAAAAGCGUGCUGGAAUCAGGAUCCCAAGAAACGCCCUACUGCCGCCGAAAUUGUAGAUUACAUUUCAAAAUAUCCAACUUUGUUAACACCAUGCCUUGAUUUUCCAAGUGCUUCUAUUGAGAUGGCCGAGACUGAAAGUGAUGAACUUGAACUAUUGCCAAAAUCUCGAAAAUGUUCGCCACUUAAAAAUGGAUCUAUUUUAGAUGUUGUUGCCCAGGCAUCAAUUGCAGACAAUAUUGAAAGACUAAACAAUUUCACUAAUGAAAGAAAAACGACUGCGGAAUCUAAUAUCGAAAUGCCAACACAUAUGGCCAAUAGUGGAGAAGAGCCACUUGAAUCAUCACCUAUAACACCAGAUGGUUACAGCAUUAUGUCACCAUUACUAAUGCACCAUGCUGAAACUGUUCCCUCUUCUCAUCAACAGACUUCAUUCUAAUUAUAAACUAGAAUAUAGAUGAAAAAAAUUACCUGGCAUAAAAUGCACAAAAACGGAUACACAAAGAAAGUUACUUUUAUACCUCAUAAAUAUUUUUUGUAUAUACCUUCAUACUAUAUAAAUAAUUUUUAAUUUAAAUAUUUUUUUAUAUUAUUAUGCUUUUUGUACUUAUCAUACUUUUGUAUGAAACUUUGUAUAUAUUUUUGUAAAUAUCGAAAAUGUUCAAAACAAUUGUAAUUUAAUACCUUAGUUUUUAAGUUUACAUGAAUCUAUAAAAAUAUGUUCCUCUUUAUAAAAACACAGAAA